AUGAUUUUUUUAAUUUUUUUUGGAAUUUUUUUCAUUUCGAAUUCUUGUUUCGGUGCAAACAUAUUAUAUCUAGUACCACUGCCUGCUAAGAGUCACUACAUACUGGGAGAAAAAUUGGUAAAAGAAUUGGCGGGGAGAGGACACGAAAUAACAAUAAUAUCAUCAUUUAAAAUGUCAAAUCCGCCGAAAAACAUCAAAGAAAUAAUAAUGCCGGCUUCACUCGAAGAUUUCGGAUUGUUUAAUAAAGGAAAAGAAUCGGGAACGUUUCAAUUGAGAAAAAUGUCUCCGAUCGAUUUUAUUUUAUUCAGCGCAGUUGGUAACAUGAUGACGAACAAAACAUUGUCGGAUCCCAACGUUCGGAAUUUAUUAAAAUCGAAUAAAAAAUUCGAUUUGAUUAUCGGAGAAUGUUUUCUGACGGAAGGUUUGUUGGGUGGAUUCUCAUAUAAGUACAAAGCACCCAUGAUCGGAGUCGCUACAUUUAUACCAAACACGUGGUCGAACGAAAUGGUAGGAAAUCCAGCGUCGUCUGCUUACGUUCCAGAACCUAUAUUACCAUAUACAAACGAAAUGACGUUCUACGAAAGAUGUAUGAAUUUUUUUUACGGUAUGUUAUCGCAAUACGCUUACUACAACCGACACAUACCAGCACAGGAUAAGAUAAUGAAAAGUUUUUUCGGGCAAAACGUACCUGAUUUAAGAGAAUUGAUAAGGAAUACGUCGCUGGUAUUGGUCAAUCAUCAUCACAGCAUGUCUUUUCCAAGGCCGUAUCUUCCAAACAUGAUCGAAAUCGGUGGUUAUCACGUAAAUCCACCAAAACCUCUUCCGAAAGAUCUUCAAAAAUAUAUGGACGAGUCCAAAGAUGGCGUCAUUUUAUUUUCCAUGGGUUCGAAUUUAAAAAGUUCAGAUUUACCGGAAAGCAGGCUCGUGGAAAUAUUGACAGCGUUUUCGAAAUUAAAACAAAGAGUCAUAUGGAAAUUUGAAAAAGAAGAUUUACCAAACAUACCUGAAAAUGUUUUAAUUUCAAAAUGGCUUCCGCAAAGUGAUAUAUUAGCUCAUCCGAAGGUGAAAUUAUUCGUGACACACGGAGGAGGUCUCAGUUUAACGGAAGCCGUUGAUAGAGGAGUUCCGGUUGUCGCCAUACCGAUUUUCGGGGAUCAACCACUUAAUGUUAAAUUUGUUGAAAAAUUUAAAAUCGGUGUCGGUCUCGAAUACGAAGAAAUCUCUGGAAAAAAAUUACUGGAGUCUAUAAACGAAGUAUUAAAUAAUCCGAUGUACGAUUCGAACGUUAAACAAAAAUCAAAAAUCCUUAAGGAUAAUCCUAUGACGCAAUUGGAAACGGCAAUGUAUUGGAUCGAAUACGUCAUAAGACACGAUGGGGCUCCACAUUUACGUUCGGCAACGCAAAAUUUAACGUGGUAUCAGAUUUACUUGCUCGACGUUUUCGCAUUUCUCGCCGUCGUGGUUUUAACAUUUUUCUUCAUCGUUUACAAAUUGUUAAAAUGUCUCAAAAAUUGUUUGUGUCGUGGAAAAAAGGAAAAAAAUGUUUCGAGUUUGAAAAAAAAUAAAUGA